AUGUUCCGAGACGUCGCGAUCAUAGUGGUCGGAAACUGGUCGAAAGACAAUGACGACGAUGUCUUAGCUCCGAAUUUGGGUCCUAAUGAUGAUCCAUGUUCUACGUGGAGAGUGCUCGUCGAGGACGACAAGCAAUUAGGUCCUUUGGUCAAGGAGCACUACAACAAACUUCGCGAGCAAGUAGUGGAAUGUCAUCAUCACCUCCUCAUGGCAGUGCUCAACCAUCGAUGGAGACCAAAGCGCACCACCCGAGUGCUGCCUGACACUUGGGAAGAAACUACUUUCUAUUAUAGAGAGGUUCUAGAGGAGUGUUCCGUAGAGAUGGCCGGGAAUUUGAUGGAAAAUAAUGAAUUAAUGGUAGAGAUUGACUCUCUUAGGGACGGAUUGUCAAGGUUGUUGAAGAACAACUUGAAAUUGGAUCGAACCGGUGAUAUGGCUGGACAAGGAUUUUAUUACCGAGCAUUUAUUUGCACAGACAUCAAGAAUAGAGAUCUUCCAUGGGAUACAUCAGAGACCGAUUGGUAG